GGCCACCCAGCCCGCCCAGCUCCCGGCGGAGUACAAGAUUUCCUCCUGUUUCAUAAUCAGCCGGAACAAUGUUCUACGCACAUUUUGUCCUCAGUAAGAGAGGGCCUCUGGCCAAAAUUUGGCUAGCGGCCCAUUGGGAUAAGAAGCUAACCAAAGCCCAUGUGUUUGAGUGUAAUUUAGAGAGCAGUGUGGAGAGUAUUAUCUCACCAAAGGUGAAGAUGGCGCUCCGAACAUCAGGACAUCUCUUACUGGGAGUAGUUCGAAUCUAUCACAGAAAAGCCAAAUAUCUCCUUGCAGACUGUAAUGAAGCAUUCAUUAAGAUAAAGAUGGCUUUUCGGCCAGGUGUUGUUGACCUACCUGAAGAAAAUCGAGAAGCUGCUUACAAUGCUAUUACCUUACCUGAAGAAUUUCAUGACUUUGAUCAGCCACUGCCUGACUUAGAUGACAUAGAUGUGGCCCAGCAGUUCAGCCUGAACCAGAGUAGAGUGGAAGAAAUAACCAUGAGAGAAGAAGUUGGGAACAUCAGUAUUCUACAAGAAAAUGAUUUUGGCGACUUUGGAAUGGAUGAUCGUGAGAUAAUGAGAGAAGGCAGCGCUUUUGAGGAUGACGACAUGUUAGUGAGCACUAGCGCUUCUAACCUCCUGUUAGAGCCUGAACAGAGCACCAGCAAUCUGAAUGAGAAAAUUAACCAUUUAGAAUAUGAAGACCAAUAUAAGGAUGACAAUUUUGGAGAAGGAAAUGAUGGUGGUAUAUUAGAUGACAAACUUAUAAGUAAUAAUGAUGGUGGUAUCUUUGACGAUCCCCCUGCCCUGUCUGAGGCAGGUGUGAUGUUGCCAGAACAGCCUGCACAUGAUGAUAUGGAUGAGGAUGAUAACGUAUCAAUGGGUGGGCCUGAUAGUCCUGAUUCGGUGGAUCCUGUUGAACCAAUGCCAACUAUGACUGAUCAGACAACACUUGUUCCAAAUGAGGAAGAAGCCUUUGCUUUGGAACCUAUUGAUAUCACUGUCAAAGAAACAAAAGCCAAGAGGAAGAGGAAGCUGAUUGUUGAUAGUGUCAAAGAGUUGGAUAGUAAGACCAUUAGAGCCCAGCUCAGUGAUUAUUCUGAUAUUGUUACUACUUUGGAUCUGGCACCACCCACCAAGAAAUUGAUGAUGUGGAAAGAAACAGGGGGAGUGGAAAAACUCUUCUCCUUACCUGCUCAGCCUUUAUGGAAUAACAGACUACUGAAGCUCUUUACACGCUGUCUUACACCACUAGUACCAGAAGAUCUUAGAAAAAGGAGGAAAGGAGGAGAGGCUGAUAAUUUGGAUGAAUUCCUCAAAGAAUUUGAAAAUCCAGAGGUUCCCAGAGAGGACCAGCAGCAGCAGCACCAGCAGCGUGAUGUUAUCGAUGAGCCCAUUUUGGAAGAACCAAGCCGCCUCCAGGAGUCCGUGAUGGAGACCAGCAGGACAAACUUGGAUGACUCAGCCAUGCCCCCACCGCCUCCCCAGGGAGUGAAGCGAAAAGCAGGACAAAUUGACCCAGAGCCUGUGAUCCCUCCCCAGCAGGUAGAGCAGGUGGAAAUCCCCCCUGUAGAGCUGCCCCCAGAAGAGCCUCCAAAUAUCUGUCAGUUAAUUCCAGAGUUAGAACUUCUACCAGAGAAAGAGAAGGAGAAAGAGAAGGAGAAGGAAGAUGAUGAGGAGGAGGAGGAUGAAGAUGCUUCUGGAGGUGAUCAGGAUCAAGAAGAAAGAAGAUGGAAUAAAAGGACUCAGCAGAUGCUUCAUGGUCUUCAGCGAGCUCUUGCUAAAACUGGAGCUGAAUCUAUCAGUUUGCUUGAGUUAUGUCGAAACACAAACAGAAAGCAAGCUGCAGCAAAAUUCUACAGUUUUUUGGUUCUUAAAAAGCAACAAGCUAUCGAGCUGACACAGGAAGAACCAUACAGUGACAUCAUUGCAACACCUGGACCAAGGUUCCACAUUAUUUGA